AUGUCUCCAACACCAUCGACUGCGACGCCAACAUGGCAUCAGUUUGAACGCAAGGUGGACGAGGUCAAACCGUCGAAAACGGACAUUAACUAUCUUGUUAUGGAUUACCUCGUCACCAAUGGUUAUCCCGCAGCAGCAAAAAGAUUUGCUGUCGAAGCUAAUAUUCAACCCAAAGCGGAUAUUGAAUCGAUCCAAGAACGAGUAGAGAUUCGCAGUGCGAUCCACUCAGGUGACAUCCAAAUAGCCAUUGAGAAAAUAAACGAACUUAACCCUCAGAUUUUAGAUGAGAAUCCUUCUCUUCACUUUUCACUCUUGCGCUUGCAACUUGUAGAAUUAAUCCGUAGGUGUACAUCAACACCUAAUGCGGAUAUCACACCUGCACUCGAGUUUGCAACGUCCCAACUUGCACCCAGGGCACCCACAAACCCUCAAUUUCUUGAGGAUCUAGAACGCACAUUAGCGCUUCUCAUAUUUCCAUCCGAGAACUUGACCCCCUCGCUGGCGCCUCUUCUUCAUCCGAACCUGCGUAAGGACAUUGCCACAAAGGUCAACGAAGCUAUUCUAAAAAGCCAGGGUGCUCGUAAAGAAGCUCGCUUACGCAAUCUGGUCAAGCUUCGCGCUUGGGCAGAGCAAAAAGCUCGAGAAACCAAAUCGGGAAUUCCUGAUAUUCUUGACAUCGGCCUCUAUAAUGAGAAACAAAGUGCAAGCGACCACUCCCGCUCCAGUCACAAUGGCAAUUCCGAUGAUGCUGUCAUGACCAAUAAUGGAGACAUUGAUCCCAUGAUUGCGUAA